AUGCGUCCAGCCGUUCUGUUAGCACACCUGGCACUAUGGGCCUCAUCGACACACGCCUUCUUCCCGUACGCUCCGAAGUGGCGUGAGGAAGCCGAGAAUGAGAAGCGUUCACACUUACCUGGUGACAACCGGAGGAGCAUUGAUGGAAAGGACCUGCGUUUCAAUAUUAAACAGAGGACCGCUCAGCCCAGCCGAUCAGUAUCCGAGAGAGCAUACCAAGAGGCAGCUCGAUUAGCAACCAAGUAUGCUAGACGACACCUCCCGAACGCUCCUGGCGACAAUUCCCUAGUGAAGCGGAACAAUGUGUACGAGGUCAUGCAGGCUGACGAUCCCGACGGCAAAUUGAGUGCUGGGGUUGACCAGGAUGGUACCGACUACUCAUACUUUGUUGAAGUCGAGAUUGGUUCCAAGAAGAAGACGAUGUAUAUGCUCAUCGACACAGGCGCUGGUUCGAGUUGGGUCAUGGGCUCAGACUGCGGUAGCGAUGCUUGCUCCAUGCACAACUUGUUCGGACCCAGCGACUCGGAUUCUCUCAAAACGUCCACCGAAGCCUUCUCUAUUGCCUACGGAUCCGGCAAGGUCAGCGGCAAGCUGGCCACGGACACGUUCAAUCUGGCAGGAAUGAGCUUCCAGUACCAAUUUGGCCUCGCCACGACCACAUCGGACCAGUUCGUCCAGUUCGCCUUUGACGGCAUCCUGGGUCUUUCCCUCAACACUGGCGCCAACGAGAACUUCCUCGACACCGUGGCUGCGUCCAACGACAUCCCCAAGAACAUCUUCUGCGUUGCCCUCAACCGAGCCUCUGACGGCACAAACAAGGGCGAGAUUAGCUUUGGCAGCACCAACAAGGACAAAUUUACCGGCGACAUCACUUACACUUCUCUCGAAGAAGGUGACGACUGGUCUAUCAAGUUGGAUGAUAUGUCUUACGACGGAACCGGAGCCGGCGUUGGUGGACUUCCUAGCUACAUCGAUACCGGUACCUCGUUCAUCUUUGGCCCUGGCGAUUCCGUUACGAGCCUCCACAGCCUCAUUCCGGGAGCUUAUAGCUCGGACAACACCACCUGGACUGUCCCUUGUGACAGUGACAAGAACCUAACCAUUGGCUUCUCUGGUGUCAACUACGUCAUCUCCCCCAAGGAUUGGAUCUCACCCAAGAGCAAAUCGGGAACUUGUACCAGCAACAUCUACGGCCAUGAAGUCGUCAAGGGAGCCUGGCUUCUUGGAGACACCUUUAUCAAGAACGUCUACGCCGUCUUUGACAAGGACGAGCGACGUAUCGGCUUUGCCAAGAGCUCCAUUACAGACAGCUCCAGCAGCGAGACGUCUUCGUCUUCGUCGAGCUCUUCUGGCCAGGCGACCAAGACGACGUUUCACGCUGAAAGCACACAAAGCACUCAUGUGAGCGUGCUCCCUGACACCACAGCAUCCGCAAAGGCAGACCUAGGCCUUGGCAAAGAAACAGUCGCCACUGACACUGCUACCGCCGAGCAGAGCAAGUCAACCAGCGACACCAAAGACUCCAAAGACUCAUCAGCACCCACUGGGCCCCUGACACAGGCCCCCUACGCAUUCACUUUCUGUAUAGUAACAUUAUUCGCCCUCUUGGCCUAG